AUGCCAACGAUCCUCGAAAGCCUCGUUGGGACCUAUUUGGGUGCAAACUUGGACGAGAAGGCUUCGAGCAGCCUGCUCGCCCUUCCCAGCCCUGUCACUGCCCUGAGCAUUUUGAACAAAGUUGCCAGCAAUCAAGAUGAGGUGCGGAACAUGUCCGCCUUCGUCUCGACAGCUGUCAGGAAUGCGCUUCCCACGCCCGGAAAGCAAGAGCUGGAGAGCGCUAUAGCCUUAAUGGAGCAGGCUCGCCAGCUCGACGAGAAGGCGAUAAGGGAGUUACAGCAAAAGUCGACCCAGGUAGCUUGCAAUGCUUUGGGUGUCCUCCUACAGCAGACAGAGGGUUCGGUGAGGAAUCCCUCCGCGUAUGUCUGCCGGAACCUGCAGAAUGAUCGGCGAGGCCCCGAGGAUCAUCCGGGGCUGCCUUAUCAAGGUCACACAGCCAUACCACCUCCGCGGGCUGCUCCCCCGCCGCCGGCGCCGGCCUUUACAGGAGGCCUCAUCCCCGCAGCACGGCCGCUGGUAGAGAUCUCACCAGGUGGCCUGGAAGUGUUAGAUGGCCUGCUUGCGAAGUGGCGGCCGUCGAUUGAUCAGCAGGCGUGGCAGUCGCUCAUGGCCUUGGAUUCGAUGGCCGUCGACAUCCUCCAGGAGCUCGAUCAGAAAGCAGACCAAAUUCGCAGCCCCUCGGCCUACGUGCAGCGCGCGGUGGGAAACGCCAAGGCAGGCCACACGCCCGGCCGAGCACGCUCAGGCCACGCGCACGUGCCCAUGGCGCCCAUGACCAUCCCGGCCGCGCCGCCCCCGCCCAGCCACGGCUUUCCGGGAGGUGGGGGACUAGGGCUGGCUCCACACGACGAGGCGCCAGAGGUUGGGAAUCUCUUCAGUGAGCAGGCUAGCUGGAGUCCGUCCGCAUUUUCUCGCGCUUCCAAUGGAGAUCCGGGCAAGGCCAACCUGAUCUCGCAGCCCAGCGAGGCGUUCUACGGCUGCGAGGACGUGCUACGGCUUCUGGACGAGGAUGCCAUGAGAGCCUUGGACAACCUCAGCGAAGAGGCUGCCCGCAAGAUCGUGCUGCAGCUGUCAGACCAGCGGUCGAAGGUGAACAAUCCGUCUGCCUAUGUCAUGAAGGCGGCCAGGAAUGCGCAGCAGGACCCUCCAGGUGCUUCCAGACUGGCGAUGCAGGAGAACAUCAGCCAGCCACCUCCCAUGGACGGUGACGGUAUCGAGCUAGAGGAGGAGAUUGGCCAGCUUUCUGCAUUGCUCGACGAGAAGGCGAUGUCGGCCUUGCACGAGUUGCCGCCCUCCUCCGCUGUCCACAUUGUCCGCAAGUUGAGGAUGCAGGAGGCACAGGUUACCAACGCCAGCGCCUGGGUUUGCAAGGCAGUUGGCAACAUGAAGCGACCUCCGCCCGCAGCAGGCGGCCCCGAGUUCGCCAAGCGGGCCAGGGUGUGA